CGUGUCUCCAUCUCUAGAAAAAUGCCUGACCCUGCGAAGUCUGCGCCCAAGAAGGGCUCGAAGAAAGCCGUUGCGAAGACCGCUGCGAAAGGAGGGAAGAAGCGCAGAAAGUCCAGGAAGGAGAGCUACGCCAUCUACGUGUACAAGGUCUUGAAGCAAGUGCAUCCUGAUACCGGCAUUUCUUCCAAGGCUAUGGGCAUCAUGAAUUCGUUUGUGAACGACAUUUUUGAACGUAUUGCUGGUGAGUCUUCCCGCUUGGCUCAUUACAACAAGCGUUCUACCAUUACUUCAAGAGAGAUCCAGACCGCUGUGCGCCUUCUGUUGCCAGGAGAGCUGGCCAAACACGCAGUGUCAGAGGGCACCAAAGCUGUCACUAAGUACACCAGCUCCAAGUAAACUAACGCGAUCAUGCUUGAUCCAAAGGCUCUUUUAAGGGCCACCCACGUGUUCUAUGAAAAGCAGAAUUUCCGUCUCGGUUUUAUAACUGGUUUAUUGUAUAAAUGGCGGUAGCUGCUUUUAUUUUUGCUAUUUGGUGGGCGGGUCAUACAUAAGAGGUCCCCAAGCAAUUCUGCUCUGGGAUUCUUUAUUGUGGGCGGGAAAGGCAGGGUAGAGUCACUACGUUGGUGUAUGGAGAUGUUCUACAUGAAUACAAUACCUUUAUAAUUGAAUGGAUGAAAGAAACCAGUAGGUUACACGCACAUGAAAAAAAUUAAACUUACACAGGUCUUUGUAAAUCUGGUGAUCGUCGGCACUUCGACGUGUAAAUAAAAUGCAUUGUUAAAUUGCGUAGUAAAUGUACUGAUAAGAUUAAAGACGUUGUUUACAUUUGACAUUAAUUGUACUAUAUUUCAUGGAUCACGAUUAAUAAAGCUCUUUAAAAAUCCAA